AUGGCGGCCCGGAAGCGGAUGUGCAACAAUGCUUAUAAUCCGGACAGUUAUGGCCAUUACAGAGAAGCAAACGUCGCUCAGAUGAAGCACCAUUGGUUGUGGCAACUGCACUUUGUGAUAGAAGAGAUUCGGAUUCUCAAAGAUUUUGAAGGGACAAUUCUCAGACUCGAUGAAGACUAUUACGUCGCUGAAGACGUGAUUUAUAUUCUAAAAGAAAUGAAUAAGAUUAGAAGAUCUGCACCAGAUAGAUACAGAAUGAUGAUUCUUGGAGAUUAUGAUGAAAUACCAACCUGGUCGUACGAGGGAAUGACCGGCAUUAUCAGACAAGAGAAAUGGUAUGUCGGGGUCGGCCGUGGAAUGGCGUUUGGUAAAGAGUUCUGGCACGACUUCAAGGCAUGUUCCCACGUGUUCUGCACAUACGACGACUACAACUGGGACUGGGCGUUACAGGAAACGGUGUUGAAGUGCAUGAAGGGGUCGCUGAACAUUCUUCAGCCAUCUGCUGGUAGAGUAUUCCACAUUGGCUUAUGUCAUGGUUUCCACAGAAACGUUGAAGGUUGUUCAUCAGAAAGUAUUAAACGUGAGGUAACCAAUUUGUUGAUAGAAAACGAGGAGCACCUGUUUCCCAAGAAAGUGUCGCUGAUCCACAACCCUGAAGUGGACUUUGAACCCGGACAUGCCUUUGCCAAUGGAGGUUGGAUGGACCCGAGAGAUCAUCGGCUGUGCAAGAGCUUUCUUGAUGGGAAGGGACUUACAGAACAAACGAUUCAGUUGAUCAAUAAAGGUGUUCGAACCUGA